ACUAGGGUUCAACACUCGGUCAGUCUCACGUAGUGGUGUCCGGCCUCCUACUCGAGUUCAGUCGAGUCAAGCGAGCGAUAGCGAUACACAGUGAAUGGCCAGAAGAUGACGUUAGUGUUUGCUGCCUGGUCUACUUCCAAAAUGUGCAGAUUUUGACCGUUUAGUGUAUUGAAUAGACUGAAUUUGAGUACUGAUUGCGAUCUGGCUGCUGCGUUUUAGCAGAAGUAGGUGGGCUUUCGCUGUAUCUGUGAUAUCGGUCUUCUGUGAGCAGUGCUGGUUGGUUCUGUUGAUGAAACACUGACAGAACCACAUCAGCAACCAUGGAAGACGCCCACACCAAAACUGUGGACGAAGUCCUAAACUACUUCAGCUGCGACACUGAGAGAGGUUUAUCACCAGAUCAAGUUAAAAGGAACCAAGAAAAAUAUGGACUUAAUGAACUGCCUGCUGAGGAGGGCAAAUCUAUCUGGCAGUUGGUGCUGGAGCAGUUCGAUGAUCUAUUAGUCAAAAUUUUGCUGUUAGCUGCUAUUAUUUCUUUUGUUCUCGCGUUAUUUGAAGAGCACGAAGACUCCCUCACAGCCUUCGUCGAACCUUUCGUCAUUCUGUUGAUCCUCAUCGCCAAUGCCGUCGUCGGCGUGUGGCAAGAGAGGAACGCCGAGUCGGCCAUCGAGGCCCUCAAGGAGUAUGAGCCCGAGAUGGGCAAGGUCGUCCGAGGGGACAAGACCGGUGUCCAGAAGGUGCGCGCCAAGGAGAUCGUCCCCGGCGACAUCGUUGAGGUGUCAGUUGGUGACAAGAUCCCUGCCGACAUUAGGCUUAUUAAGAUUUACUCGACGACGUUGCGUAUUGACCAGUCCAUCCUGACUGGUGAGUCCGUCUCCGUCAUCAAGCACACUGAUGCCAUUCCCGACCCCCGCGCCGUCAACCAGGACAAGAAGAACAUCCUGUUCUCUGGUACCAACGUCGCCGCCGGCAAGGCGCGCGGUCUGGUCAUCGGCACUGGUCUGAACACUGCCAUUGGUAAGAUUCGUACUGAAAUGUCUGAGACUGAGGAGAUCAAGACUCCCCUGCAGCAGAAGUUGGACGAGUUCGGCGAGCAGCUGUCCAAGGUGAUCUCCAUCAUCUGCGUUGCUGUCUGGGCUAUCAACAUCGGCCACUUCAACGACCCCGCUCACGGUGGCUCCUGGAUCAAGGGUGCCGUCUACUACUUCAAGAUCGCCGUCGCCCUGGCCGUGGCCGCCAUCCCCGAGGGUCUGCCCGCCGUCAUCACCACUUGCUUGGCCCUGGGUACCCGCCGUAUGGCCAAGAAGAACGCCAUCGUGCGCUCCCUGCCCUCCGUCGAGACCCUGGGUUGCACCUCCGUCAUCUGCUCCGACAAGACCGGCACCCUCACCACCAACCAGAUGUCCGUCAGCCGCAUGUUCGUGUUCGACAAGAUCGAAGGCAACGACAGCAGCUUCCUCGAGUUCGAGAUCACCGGCUCCACCUACGAGCCCAUCGGUGAGGUGUUCCUGAAGGGCCAGAAGGUCAAGGCUUCCGACUACGAGACGCUGCAGGAGAUGGGCACCAUCUGCAUCAUGUGCAACGACUCCGCCAUCGACUUCAACGAGUUCAAGCAGGCCUUUGAGAAGGUCGGCGAGGCCACCGAGACCGCCCUGAUCGUCCUGGCUGAGAAGAUGAACCCCUUCAACAUGUCCAAGAACGGCCUGGACCGCCGCACCACCGCCAUCGUCGUCCGCAACGACAUCGAGACCAAGUGGAAGAAGGAGUUCACCCUGGAGUUCUCUCGUGACCGCAAGUCCAUGUCUUCCUACUGCGUGCCCCUGAAGCCUUCCCGCAUCGGCAACGGACCCAAGCUGUUCGUCAAGGGCGCCCCCGAGGGUGUGCUUGACCGCUGCACGCACGCUCGUCUCGGCUCCCAGAAGGUGCCUCUCACCUCCACCCUCAAGAACCGCAUCCUGGACCUGACCCGCCAGUACGGUACCGGCCGUGACACUCUCCGCUGCCUCGCCCUCGCCACCUCUGACAACCCCAUGAAGCCCGAGGAGAUGGACCUUGGCGACUCCAACAAGUUCCACCUGUACGAGAACAACCUGACCUUCGUCGGCGUCGUCGGCAUGUUGGACCCUCCCCGCAAGGAGGUCUUCGACUCCAUCGUCCGCUGCCGUCACGCUGGUAUCCGCGUCAUCGUCAUCACUGGUGACAACAAGGCCACCGCUGAGGCUAUCUGCAGGCGUAUCGGUGUGUUCGGUGAGGACGAGGAUGUCACCGGCAUGUCCUACUCUGGACGCGAGUUCGACGACCUGCCCCUGUCCGAGCAGAAGGCUGUCUGCAGCCGUGCCCGCCUCUUCUCCCGCGUGGAGCCCGCCCACAAGUCCAAGAUCGUCGAGUUCCUGCAGGGCCAGAACGAGAUCUCCGCCAUGACUGGUGACGGUGUCAACGACGCCCCCGCCCUGAAGAAGGCCGAGAUCGGUAUUGCCAUGGGAUCCGGUACCGCCGUCGCCAAGUCUGCCGCCGAGAUGGUGCUGGCUGACGACAACUUCUCCUCCAUCGUCGCCGCCGUCGAGGAGGGCCGUGCCAUCUACAACAACAUGAAGCAGUUCAUCCGGUACCUCAUUUCCUCCAACAUCGGUGAGGUCGUGUCCAUCUUCCUGACUGCCGCCCUGGGUCUGCCCGAGGCUCUGAUCCCCGUCCAGCUUCUGUGGGUCAACCUGGUCACUGACGGUCUGCCCGCCACCGCCCUCGGCUUCAACCCCCCUGAUCUCGACAUCAUGGACAAGCCCCCCAGGAGAGCCGACGAGUCCCUGAUCUCUGGCUGGUUGUUCUUCCGCUACAUGGCUAUUGGUACCUACGUCGGCGCCGCCACUGUCGGAGCUGCCACCUGGUGGUUCAUGUACUGCCCCAACGGACCCCAGAUGAACUACUACCAAGUGACUCACCACUUGGCCUGCAUUGGUGGUGGAGAGGAAUUCAAGGGUCUCGACUGCAAGGUCUUCAGCGAUCCCCACCCCAUGACCAUGGCUCUGUCUGUGCUUGUCACCAUUGAGAUGUUGAACGCCAUGAACAGCUUGUCUGAGAACCAGUCCCUGAUUGCCAUGCCCCCAUGGAGCAACCUGUGGCUCGUUGGGUCCAUGGCUCUGUCCUUCACCCUCCACUUUGUCAUUCUCCAUGUGGAAGUCCUUGCGACUGUGUUCCAGGUGACCCCUCUGACUGGUGAGGAGUGGGUGACAGUAAUGAAGUUCUCCAUUCCCGUUGUUCUUCUGGAUGAGACCUUGAAGUUUGUGGCCCGAAAGAUGGCAGAUGGUGAAAUUCUUGAUUCCAUGCCAAUCACACGGAAGUGUUGUGAAUGCAGAAGCGACAGGAAGUGUACUCAUACGCUCACAAACAAUUUGUGAAAGAAGAAAUCUACAUCAUUAACUGUCUUGUUCUCAUCCACAACAAUCCAUCAAAGAAGUGCCUGUUUUGUGAUGUGCCUUUUUAUUUUUACAAAAACAAUUUUGUGUGAUUUUUGGUAGUAUUUGUUUCUGCUUCUCAUUUUUGUUAUAUCUAAUUUAUUUAGCGUGUUUGAAAGUGCUUGUUGUGCCGGUGUAUGUUUGCAACUGGAAAGAGUGUGCAUUAACUCAAGUAGUGAAGUGUAGUAAACCAAAAUUUCUACUCUCUCGGUUGUACUUAUUGAACCAAUAAACAUAGAUAUAUGUAUAAAUAAAUAAAUUAGAAAGAAUAUUUAUUUAUAUAUAUACAUAUAUUACUAGCAUAUAAAUGAUGACAAAUAUUGAAUACUGUAAAUACUGUAUUUGUCAUUCCAGUCACAGUUGAUCCUUCAUUAGUGGUACGUUGAUGUGUAUGCCAAUGUUUGUGUGAGUGUGUGUGCAUGUGCUGGGAGCAGUGUACUGAGUGAACUUUAUUGCAAGUUAAAGUGUAUUGGAAAUGUCCAGUGUCUCAGUAGUUUAAUUAUAUGUAUUCUAGGUUUCACAUUUACUAUUCGAGCUGGUAAAAAGUUUUCUUCCUAUCCAGUUCCAUACCAGAUCAUGUCACUGAACUGUCUUCAGGCUGAGUUUUCAGUUGUUUGAAGUGAUAUCGAAGUUGUACCAUCUAGGAGACAAUUUAUUUCGUGUGAUAGCAUAGAAUAAAAGAAAGAAAAGAUGUAGCAUGUCCUUUUCACUUUGAAAAUUUCAAAAUCUCCCCAUAUUAAAAGUUUUUAGAAUUUAAAAAGAACUAAACUACUUAGGUUGUUAAUAAUAGUACCUUCUGUUGCGCAACUGCAACUGGUGAUAUUGUUGAUGAUGAAGGCUUGUCUUUACGUGUCUCAUCUGUAAGCUGUUGAUUGUCUUUAGGGACAGACUGACUUAUUUUGGAACAGGUUGAUUUGGUCAGUGUAAUUUGUGUCUAGGUUUAUGUCUUUCGGUAUUUAGGGCUGUGAUAACACCAGUUUUCUGGCACAGUAAAUUUUUAAAAGGAGUUGAAGGCCUAUAUUUAUUAGAUUCUCAUCUUCAAAGGCGAUUACAUCAAGUUAAACUUUGAUUGAUGUUAAAAAAAAAUUGAAAGUUUUUUAUUUUACUUCCAAUUGAAUUCCAAAAUGUGUAGGUCUGUACAACCUGCAUCAACUUUUGCUUCCAUUUGCCAAAUGUGGACAUUCAGUGCAUGUUCUAUCGGGAAAUAAUAUGAAAGCAGUUUCCAAAUUCACCUCUCGAAAUUUCUAAAUUGCGCGUUGUUGUUUUCUAUUGGGUUUUUUAGUGACAGGGUAGGUUUUCUUAGUUUCCAUUAGUUAUGAAUACGGUAUUUGAUGUUUUUGAGUUGACUCCAAUACUUGCAUGUGCGGUACUUUAGCUUGUUCAAGUGUUGUUUACUUACAUGUGUGGUGUUGAAAGUUCUUGAGUGUGAGCCAACAUAGUACCAUAAGAAAGCUCUAGUUGGGGCAACCUUUAUAAAAAUUUGAAAAUUUGAGUAUGGUGAUUGUUGGUAAGUAAAUUGAUUUGUUUCUAACACACUGAAAGUUUGUGGUGUCAUUAAUACUGCUUGAUAUGACUUCCAACCGUCUGAAAAUUAAACUUAAUUCUUCCUUAAAAAAAUUCUCUAUUUAGUAAGUGUUUUCACUUUACCUAGGAUUAAUUCUUUCCGUCAUAAUUUGUCAUUCCUAGUGGGCAAACUUUGACAUUGAAGUUCAGUUGAUGUUAGUAGAAGACUGGUGGUGGUUGGAUUAAAAUACAAAGGCUGAUCCCUAAAAUGGACUUCAAUAAUUUGUGGAAGGGUGACUGAAUACUCACAUGAACCAACUGAUAUGCGACUUGACACAUUGUAGCCCAAGUAGUUUUUAAACCAGGUUUAUAGAUUUCCUCUUUGAAAGAUGUGAUGGGAUAUUUGAUGUGUUUCCCGAAAAGAGAAGGAUGUCAAACUGGAGAGUUUUCUUAAUCAUGGUAAUAACAGUAGCUAGGACAAAGUAAGGGUUCCAUCAGUGGUUAGUAUUGUUUUAGUUUCCUUAACACCGCCUCUUGUUUUCAACUACAUAGCAACUCAGUCAAUAUAAUACUACCUAUUGUUGAUUUUUCUCAACAAUUGGUAACGGUCAGUAUUGUUUCACCAUAAAUGCAACACUUUAUGCUCUGGUCAUCGUUGUAAAUAAAAGGUCUGUACUAAACCUUUCAUGAAACAGAGUGUGACAAGUGUGCAUAGUCCUUCCUACUGUUGUCCUUACCAUGGAAGGGGGCAGGUAUAUCUAUCACUAGUCUCAGCCCCUAGUCCUCCAGUUUGGUUUGACGCUGGUUAACAUCUUUUUAAUAACUGACACAAAUUUAAUGAGAAAUUAUUGUAAAUAAACUGUAUUGUGGAGGUAGGAGUACUGAAGUUAUUAAUAAAUAUGGAGUUUAACUAUG